UAUGAAAAAAAAUAUCUUCUCUUCCAACGAAUGGAGGAAAAUGAAACUGAAAGAAGUAUGGGCGGUGGGAUCAAUCACAAACUGAUAAUUGAAGAGAGUGGCACCUGCUAUACUUAAAUAGACUUGCAUUAUUGCCACACCGAUAUGAAAAACAUUCAAUUCCAUUUUGCUCUUUCUUGAUCAUUGAGCAAAGAGAGAAUAUGGAAUAUUUCUUCACCUUCCCUUACUUCAUCUUCCUUAUCUUCACUUUCAUAACCCUCCGAUGUCUAAUUCCGGGAAGACGAAACCCCAAGCUUCCCCCCGGACCAACACCGCUUCCCAUCAUUGGAAACCUCUUUGUUCUUAGACACAAACCCCACCAAGCUCUUACCAAGCUCGCCAAGUCUUACGGUCCAAUUAUGUCGUUAAAGCUUGGCCAAGUCACCACCGUUGUAUUUUCGUCUGCAGAAACAAUCCAACAAGUUCUUCAAACACAUGACAAUGUCUUGUCAUAUAGAUUCAUUCCCGAUGCGGCAACAGUUUACGACCAUGCCGAACUAGGACUUCCAUGGAUUCCCAUCUCUCCUAAUUACAAAAACCAUAGAAAAAUCUUCAACAACUAUCUUUUAUCUCCCAAGGCUCUCGACGCCAGUCGAGAUCUUCGCCGCUUGAGGAUAGACAAGCUUCUUGAUAACAUCCGACGAUGCGCAGUGAAUGGCGAGGUGGUGGACAUAGGAAGAACUUUAUUUUCAAUGGCGCUUAAUUUGAUAUCGUAUACAAUUUGGUCUGUGGAUUUGGUGGAUGAGGAUUCAGAAAUGACCAAAGAAUUCAAGACAACUCUGAGAGGAAGCUUGGAAGAAAUAGGAAGACCUAAUAUUAGUGACUUUUUUCCUAUGUUGAAGAAGAUGGAUAUUCAAGGUGUAAGGAGACGCACCACCGUUCAUUUUGGAAAGAUAUUAAGUUUGAUUGAUGAGAUGAUUGAUAAACGGUUGAAGAUGCAGGAGUCACCUGAUUUCACACCUAAAAAUGAUUUGUUACAUUAUCUUCUCAACAUGAAGGAGGACAACAGUGGGAUUCCUCUUGAUAGAAACCAAAUCAAGCAUUCAAUAUUCGUUUUAUUUACAGGAAGUUCAGAUACAACAGGAUCAGUAGCACAAUGGAUAAUGGCAUAUCUCUUAAAAAAUCCAAAACUUAUGUGUAAAGCCAAAGAAGAACUAAUGGAAGUGAUAGGUAAAGGCAAUCGAAUUGAAGAAUCACACAUGGAGAAGCUUCCAUAUCUACAAGCAAUCAUUAAAGAAGCCUUAAGAAUGCAAUCAUCAUUUCUAAUUCCACGUAAAGCAGAAUCCGAAGUAAUAAUUUCAGGUUUCACAAUUCCAAAAGGGACUCAAAUUCUUGUGAAUUUAUGGGCUUCAUGUAGAGACCCAAAUUUGUGGGAAAAUCCAGACGAGUUCAUACCAGAAAGGUUCUUGGAAAGUAAAGGAAAAAAUUUUGAGUUUAUUCCAUUUGGUAAUGGGAAGAGGACUUGUCCUGGUCAAGGAAUGGCAAUGAGGAUGUUGCAUUUGAUUGUUGGUUCUUUGAUUCAUUUCUUUAAUUGGAAGCUUGAAGAUGGAGUCACGCCUGAGAAUUUGAAUAUGGAUGCAAAGUUUGGUCUUACUCUUGUCAAAGCUCAACCAGUACGAGCUAUACCUCUUCUUAUCUAGGAUUUAAUUUACAUUUCAAACUUUGUUAUUCCCAUUUUCUCUUUCAUGUUUAUUUUAAGAAAUAAUUAGUUUAUCUCGAACAACUUUUAUCGUUAUUUAUUCUAAUAAUUUGUAAGAUUGUAACUUAAUCAUGUGGUGAAUUUGUUUUGCUUUGCUUUUUUUGAAAUAUCACUACCUUUGGCAACAA